AUGUUUGGGAUCAAAUCAAACAUUGGCCGGUUGCUUGGGAUCAUUGAUGGCUUGGUGCAAGUGGGCCCGGCGUCUGGUCAGCACAUAGUAGACUCCCAUGCCCACCAAACACACGAAAGUCAGGCUCAGAGAAAGCCCAACAACCCCAGCCGGGCCCAGCCCAUGCCUGCUGCUUUGGGCCGUGCUCUCUUGGGCCGGGGUGGACUGGACUGUGGCGGCCAGGGGCAGCCUCUUGGAUUGGGCUGCGGCUGGGCCCGGGGAAAGGGCGGCCGGGUGGAAGAAUGCGUAUGCAUCAGUUUCGUUAAAUAA